AUGCCAACGAUGUCGACAGAACAGCCUGUCUUUCCUGCCAUUUCAAGCCCUAGUGCUUCUGCGAAAGACCCAACCCCAACCCGCUUGCACACCGUGCGAAUUCUGCUUUCUAACGGUAGAGCUCAUCCUAUAGAAGAUAUCGAAAAAAAUGGCCUCCAUGAUGUGGUUCUUGCUGCCGUUCCUCUUCCAAGGCUUCGCUCUGAGAGCCAAGCCCAGGACGACCACGGCAAUACGAAUGAGGCAAUACAAGUGGACAUUGCGGUGUGCGAGGCCGGUAUGUCACGGGUUCGGGAGAUAUAUGGGACGACAUCAUUCGUUCCAUUGAGCAGCGAUGAUCCGGUUGUCUCACAACAAAAGGCAAAGGAUCCUACCUUAAAGAGACUUCUUUGCUACCAGGAGUUGCAUGCCGCGUACCUACGGGAAUAUGCUAGGUUGGAUCAUGCAAGAGCUCUUGGACCUGUUUUCGAGUGGUUUGAGAAUUGUCUCGAUCAUAUGUGUGACCUCCUCGAGCCAAUAUGGUCACAGAGAGACUAUCUUUCGGGCUAG